GGAAAAGACCUCAUAAAGACACACCCCUACUGUAAACCGCAUUGACAUUUCUGUGCUGACAGUUCAGGUUGAGUUGCUCUGGUGUGUGUCAUAUGAAGCCACACCUUUCACUGGUCCUUCCCUACCCAGGUCAAAUAUGUAAGAGGGAAAGAGCAGUAAACUGUAUAUUAUUCUCAUCAGACCUCUAUCACAUCCCGUGCACCUGAAAUACCAAGCAUAAACCAUGUCUUUCACUGGAAAAUCAUUCAGUAAAGUCCAAACAGGUACGGCUUCAAGCACUAGUUCCACAAAAGCAGUGGAAGAAAGCAAAAAGAAAGCAUCCCUGCUGAAGGACAAUAGCUGGAUCAGGUCAAAUGUGAAUGAGGACAAGCAAAUAGAAAGCGACACGAACUAUGGCAAAACUGUUUUGGGCCGUUACAAGUCCACUGAAAACCUUGUCAGCCCUCAAGAUAAAACCAGCAAAACUGAGAGCAAAACCACCACUGUCACCACUUCAUCAGGUUCCUCUGUCCAAGCUCUCUCUAAAAGAUUUGGUGGCAGCCAGGACAAGCUGAAUGAAACCAGAACCAUAGGAACUAAAACAACUGUGAAACCAGAGCUCAGGACAAGCACUACUACAACAAAAAUCAAAGAUGGUGCAAAGAUAACCGAGACAACUGUCACCACAACCAAGCAGGAUGUGGUGAAAUCAUCUACCAAGUCUGGAACAAUCACUGAUAAAGACCUGGCAGAUAUAAAGACCAAGAGUUCAGGUGACUACAAAACUGAGGUCAUUACUGUGAAGUCAACAAAGGACACUGUUGAUGGACCAACUUCACCUGUCAAGACCACCACAAGCAUCAAAACCUACACCAAGGAGGAUGUUUCACCAACUAAAACAACAUCAUAUUCUGUCCGAUCCACAAAGAGCACUGAGGAUCAGCUGUUUGAUACUCUCAUACCGACAUCAAUCAAGUCAUCAGACACAAAACAUGAGAGCAGUGACUACAAGACUGAGGUGGUUACUGUGAAGUCAUCAAAGGAAAUCAUUGAUGUACCAUCUUCACCUCUCAAGACCACCACAAGCAUUAAAACCUACACCAAGGAGGAUGUUUCACCAACUAAAACAACAUCCUACUCCACAAAGAGUGACUACAAGACUGAGGUGGUUACUGUGAAGUCAUCAAAGGACAUCAAUGAUGUACCAUCUUCACCUCUCAAGACCACUACAAGCAUUAAAACCUACACCAAGGAGGAUGUUUCACCAACUAAAACAACAUCUUACUCCAACAAGAGUGACUACAAGACUGAAGUGGUUACUGUGAAGUCAUCAAAGGAAAUCAUUGAUGUACCAUCUUCACCUCUCAAGACCACCACAAGCAUUAAAACCUACACCAAGGAGGAUAUUUCACCAGCCAAAACAUCGUCCUACUCCACAAAGAGUGACUACAAGACUGAGGUGGUUACUGUGAAGUCAUCAAAGGACAUCAUUGAUGUACCAACUUCACCUGUCAAGACCACCUCAAGCAUCAAAACCUACACCAAGGAGGAUGUUUCACCAACUAAAACAACAUCAUAUUCUCUCCGAUCCACAAAGAGCACUGAGGAUCAACUGUAUGAUACUCUCUUGCCAACAUCAAUCACGUCAAGCUACACAAAACACGACGGCAGUCACGAGGAUGUAUCGGUCUCCAAAACCAUCAGAACUGUGUAUUCAACAAAUGACAGAAAUGAGUGGAGUACCGUCACAAGUCCUUCUUACACCAGAACAUCAUACACAGAGAGCAGGCCUGUUGAUUACCUGUCGGACUCCCUCACAUCAAAAACUACUACAACUGUGUACACAACACCAGAAAGGACGGUGAGCGCAAAGGAUAUUUGCACAUACUGCCAUAAAAACAUGUACACAGAUGAAAAGAUUGUCCUGGAUGACAUGAAUAUAAACUGUCAUGCACGUUGUUUCAAGUGUGGGGUGUGUAAUUCGUCUCUGGGACACCUGAAAGCCGGUGACAGCUUAUGGGUGUACCGUAGAGAAAUUCACUGUGAGAGCUGCUUUGGUGUCACUAGGGGCAAAUGGAUCAGCUGAAACUACACUUACCAUUCAUGAAGUGAUGUUAUGAAGGAGACGGCAAAUGUACUAGCCUAUACCAAAACUUUCCCAUGGCUCUGAUUUGGACUUGGGUCAUUUGAAGUGCAUAAAAUAGUUUUUGGUGGUGGACUUCUGUCUGAUAAAAGACUUCGGGAUUUUUAUUAAUUGCAUUGAUUGCUAUACUUCCCUAAUGAUGUGACAAGCCUCUCGUCUAAUUACCUAUAUAAGAAGGAUAUUUUAAAAUAAGAAUAAUCAAAUGCCCGUAUGAUAAUAAAUAUUUUGCUUUGUUUUACUUUUUUGUCACUAUUGUUAUAUUAUUAAAGAAUUAUUAUCUAUGAUGAUAAGAAACCA